AUGUCCAAGGCAAAAUGUAGUCACAUCGAGUGUACUCAGGUGCACAAUUCAUUUGUGCAACAAGUUUCUCCAGCUAAACGAGACAGCUCGCUAGUUACACAAGAUAAUGGUCGUUGCAGUUUCCGCUGGAACAGAUCUAGAGUUGAAAUCAUCACGUGUGCCAACGCAGGGAGCGGGUCGGCGACGAUGGCGGAAGACCGCAGCUGGAUGUACACGUGCCGUCAGAGCAGGACCUCAAUCACCCCCGAGUGGGCGGACAAGGCGACGGAGUUCGUGGAGCGCGCCUUCCGCCGCGUGCCGCCGGGCCGCGACGUGCCGUGCCCCUGCGCGUGCUGCCGCAACAUUCGAACGCGAUCCAAGUUCGACAUGCAGAUUCACCUGGGCAAGAACGGCUUCCAGCCUCGUUACACGGUGUGGGUGUACCACGGCGAGAGCCGCACUGCUAAGCCGUCCGACGGCCAGCUCGGAGACAAUGGUAAAAAGGAUGCGGGGGUUGCUGCUGCUGCUGGGGAGCAAGUGUCGAAACCGCAGACUAAAAGGAGGGAAAUUUCAGACAUUGAGGUGUACGCAUUAAGCAAGCUACGGAAGGAGGAGCGGAUUGAGUGGGGUUACCAACGGUACCUGUGGGACAAGGAAAAACUCCAGCAGCAGGAGCAACAGAAUGCACCAAAGAGGGCGCGCACCUCUGGCGCGCCCACUGCCGAGCUUGCUGAAGAUGAAGACAGCAAAGAUGCCGACAGUUGUGCUUCCAGCUCUGGAUCAAUCUAG